UGCCUUCUCCCGUCAUGUCUCGCAGGCGCCAGGACGACCCCGCGCGCGAUGCCCGUGUGCGAGGCUUUCUCGCGGAUGUGCUGGCUGCGCACGAUGCUGGUGACCGCGAGGUUACGCGCGAUGCUGGUCUGGCUGCGCUCGACGCUGGUGACCGCGAGGCCGCGUGCGAAUACGUCCUGGACACGUCGGGCCUCCGCGAAUUCGCAGGCGCGGAGUCGUUCAUCAGGGAGAGCGCCGAGUUCGAACUGAAGUACCUCCCCGAAGUCCUGCGCGAUGACAUGCAGCUGAGCGGCGGCUGCUAUACGAACCACUUGCGCGACGAGGCCGGCGACUGGCUUGUAUGGGGCGCGGUCCUGGUCGCCGCCCAGCACGAGCUCGAGGUACGCUACGCGGACUUUCGACGGUGCGCGCGGUGGACGCCCACGCCUGUGUACUCCUUUGAGUCGCGCCUCAUCCGAUACUCCACGAGGGAGGAUGAGCGCGCGGUUGUUCUGCGCCUGCGCGACGCCCUACGGCGGAGCAUAGAGGCUCUCGAGCGCGUCCCGAAGCCCAGGACCGCGAUCCUUGGCCCCAUCCCAUUGCGGUCGGACUCGCUUCCUCUCCUGGCCACGCGCAUAGUCUACGAGCUGCACACGGUUGUUGUACCCACACUAUGCGUUGCAUACCUCGGCGAACUGGAGGACUUGGUUGCGUACAUGGCGGAGCUGCAUACGGGUAUCUGGGUCGUCGCCGUCCUCGCGCUGUUCGUGUGCAUGUAUGCAUGGUAUCGCUCUUGUGGAACGUCGCGGCCAGCGGAUAGGGCGACGCGAUAUAUAGUGAGGAUGCGGCAGAGAUCACGCCAGGGGCCCCUGCUAUGGAAGACGCUGUUGGCGCUGACGGGGAGGGUUGUGGAUGAGGAGGACAUGGACGAGACCGUCGUGGGGAAUAUACGCCGGAUAUUCGACCUGGUGGACACGCGCAUGAUGACGUAUCAGAGGCCUUCUGGAGAGCCUUUCACGGGAAAGACGACUUUGGAGGCCAUGCAUGGGAACAUGGUUUCUGUACCGAAUGGCGAGAAGCUCAUGGCGGAGAUCGUAGCUCGCAUCCGUCCCUUCGUUCAGACUGAGAGCGAGGUUGAUCACGCUAGCACCGAAGCCUCUGCCACUACAGCAAAUCAUCAUCUCGAAGAACAGCGGCGAGCUGAUCUGGGUGCGCACCUCUCGGACGCCUGCAACUAUUUCGGCUUCCACGACCCGUUCUUCGAGAUCCUCGGCCCGGCGGCGUACGCGGGGAUAUCGAGACUUGGGGUCCAGCCCGCGACGCGCUAUGCCGACGAGCUCAUCAAGUCCAUCGACAACGCGGUCGACGCGCUCCGCGAACUGGGACCCGUCCCGGAGACUCUGCAGAACUUCGUCCGCAAUACGCAUCUGCGCCUGGCCUGGAUCGGCGGGAUUGGGUACGCGCAGACGGAUAUUGUGGCGCAGAUCGAGGUGUAUCGGCGUGAGCCCACGCGCGAGAAGCUGCAGGAUCUGCGGAAGAUUCUUGAUCACUAUCUGAGUGCUCUGGCCGCGGAUCCUCCGCCUUCCUUUCGCGACCUGCUCAACGCCAACCUGAGCAAGAAUGACAGGACGAGGCUCAUUCUUCGGGAGAUGUCCAAGAUCUGUUGCUUUACACUAGGCUGCCUCCCGCUCCUCGUCAUGAUGAAGUUGGCCAACAGCAAGCCCGAAGUCAUCCUCGGCGUGGUGUACACUUCGUUUUUGAAGACGGUGGUCAGCCCGUAUGGACUCGCGGCGCUGGAGGGGCUGUACGACUGGGCCACCGGGUACCGGAGGAAUGAGGAGGUGCAUAAAGCGGCUAACGUCGCGGCGGACCUCGAGCGCCUCGCGCGGUACCACCUCAUUGGCUGGCGGGCGCUGCAGGUAGCCAUUGGCGGGUCGGAGGCGGACGAUGCUAUCGUGCGCGCGCUCAUGAGUAGCAUCACGAGCGCCGCGAAGCCGUCCAUCUUGGUCUCGCUCGUGGAGGCGCUGGAUGGGAAGGUGGUGUACGGCGUCAAGCGGAAGGCGUAUUCGCGGACAGACACCGUGCGCGCGAUGGUCGACGGGCGCUAUCCGGCUUUUGGGACAAUGAAUGACGGGCGGGGGAAGGUAGCGUGAGUUUUGGACGUGGUCGGGGACGUGGGUCUGGCACCGUGAGUCGGGGGCAUGGGAUCUGGCUUCGUGAGUGUAUCGCGUGUUCUAUUUGUUUCAAAUCGUUACGGGUGUACAGUGUACUUGACUUGUGCGCCUCUUGGCCGUGUACUCUUGUUCUUCUACGUCUCCGCGGGAGUGCGU